AUGUUCCCUGAGAGCGCUCGGACUGCGGGCACUGGCCCCCCGCGCAGCCUGGAGCUGGCAAACCGCACCCACUUCCCCUUCUUCUCCGACCUCAAGGGCGACCACCGGAUAGUGCUGAGCGCCGUGGAGACGGUCGUGCUGGCGUUAAUCUUUGCGGUGUCGCUGCUGGGCAACGUGUGCGCCUUAGUGCUUGUGGCACGCCGGCGGCGCCGAGGCACCACAGCCUGCCUUGUGCUCAACCUCUUCUGCGCGGACCUGCUCUUCACCAGCGCGAUCCCGCCGGUGCUGGCUGUGCGCUGGACGGAGGCCUGGCUGCUGGGCCAGGUGGCCUGCCACCUGCUCUUAUACGUGAUGUGCCUGAGUGGCAGCGUCACCAUCCUCACUCUGGCUGCUGUCAGCCUGGAGCGCAUGGUGUGCAUCGUGCGCCUGCAGCGAGGAAUCCGCAGCCCCGGGCCCCGGGCGCGGGCCUUGAUGCUCCUGGUCAUCUGGGGCUACUCGGCGCUGGCCUCCCUGCCUCUCUGCAUCUUCUUCCAAGUUGUCCAGCAGCGGAUCCCGGGGACGGAACAGGAAAUUCAAAUUUGCACCCUGGUUUGGCCCAACAUUGCCGGAGAGAUCUCUUGGGAUGUAUCAUUUGUUAUUUUGAACUUCUUGGUGCCAGGAUCCCUCAUUGUGAUCAGUUACUCCAAAAUUUUACAGAUCACAAAGGCGUCCAGGAAGAGGGUGACGGUGAACAUGGCUUGCUCGGAGAACCACCAGAUCCGCGUGUCCCAGCAGGACUUCCGUCUCUUUCGCACCCUCUUCCUGCUCAUGGUCUCCUUCUUCAUCAUGUGGAGCCCCAUCAUCAUCACCAUCCUGCUCAUCUUGAUCCAGAACUUCAAGCAAGACCUGGUCAUCUGGCCGUCCCUUUUCUUCUGGGUGGUGGCCUUCACGUUUGCCAACUCAGCCCUGAACCCCAUCCUCUACAACAUGUCACUCUUUAGGAAUGAAUGGAGGAGAAUUUUUCACUGCUUCUCCUUGCCGGAAAAGGGAGCCAUGUUUACAGACACGUCUGUCCGAAGAAAUGAUUUAUCCGUAAUUUCCAGCUAA